AUGUCGUCUUGGCCACCUUUGCCGAUGGCGGAUAUCGAUUGGUCAAGCCCAAAAGACUUAUUCUCGCACCAAUAUAAUGGCCAUGUGCAGGCAACUUACCGAAAGUCCACUGGACGAUGGACUUUACUGCAGAUUGUUCAAGACCCGAAUAUUCGUGCUCAUGGUCUUGCCGCUGGUCUCAACUAUGGCCAACAAGCAUUCGAAGGCCUCGGGGCCUUUCGACAAACGGGUACUCCUGGGGGCAUAUCAAUCUUUCGACCAGUUUAUAACGCCUUGCGUUUUCAAUACUCUGCAAGAGUGCUUAGCCUACCAGAAGUGCCGACCGAAAUGUUCAUCAGGGCCAUUCGUAUGGCAGUCGCGGUCAACGCGACCUAUGUCCCUCCCGUCAACUCGGGUUGGAGCAUGUAUUGCGGUCCACUGUUGCUCGCCACCAGUCCAACACUCAUGCCCGGAUUCCCAGAAGAAUGCACCUUCUGUGUUUAUGUCUUCCUAACAGCUCUAGGGUCGCAGGCCGACUCUGCUCCCGUGAAAGCUUUGAUCCUCGACGAUUUCGAUCGCGCGGCGACGAGAGGCACAGGACGUGCCAAGAUCGGGACCAACUACGCAGGAGUCGCAUCCUGGAGUAGACAAGCUAGCGAAGCAGGAUUUGGCAUCACGCUGCACCUCGACAGCGUUCGACAUGAAAACAUAGACCAAUUCAGCACUUGCGGAUUUCUUGGUGUUUCUAAACUGCAUAUCGAUAAGGUGACAAAUUACACAAUCGUUGUUCCCGACUCCCCGAGCGCCGUUGUCGGUGUUACCAGCGACAGUAUUUUGCACAUCGCGAAGAGUUGGGGUUGGAAUGUGGUGAAGCGCCGGAUCAAGUAUACGGAACUUAACAAUUUCAGCGAGGUGAUUGGGACAGGCACUGCUGUGGGACUGAUUCAGAUACGAUCUAUAACGCGGCGUUGGUCCGAUGAUUUGCCCAGGUGGUCCUCUAUCCUGAGACCGGCUCGCUGA